AGCAGGGGGCUGAACUGAUCCCACGUGUGACGCUUUCAUUCCCGGCUCAGUAAUAUUCUCAUAGCGGGGCUUUGCAUAUCUCCUGCCGUAUCUGUGUGUGUCUGUCACUGUUACUGUAGUCCCAGCCUAGACUUUUUGGAAUAGAUAUGGAAGGAGACGGGAGUCAAGCCACAUCCGGAAGCCUAAACGACUCACAACAUGACCCGGGUAAAAUGUUUAUCGGUGGCCUCAGCUGGCAGACCUCACCAGACAGCCUUAGAGACUAUUUUAGUAAAUUCGGAGAAAUAAGAGAAUGUAUGGUGAUGAGAGACCCCACGACAAAACGUUCAAGGGGAUUCGGGUUUGUUACGUUUACAGAUGCUGCCAGUGUAGAUAAAGUCUUAGCCCAACAACACCACGAAUUAGACUCAAAGACGAUUGAUCCUAAGGUUGCCUUUCCCCGUCGCGCCCAGCCUAAGAUGGUCACGAGAACAAAGAAAAUAUUUGUGGGCGGCUUGUCGGCCAAUACAGUAGUGGAAGAUGUGAAGCAGUAUUUUGAACAGUUUGGGAAGGUUGAUGACGCCAUGCUUAUGUUUGAUAAGACUACUAACAGACAUAGAGGAUUUGGUUUCAUAACUUUUGAGAGUGAAGACAUCGUUGAGAAAGUCUGUGAAAUUCAUUUUCAUGAAAUCAAUAACAAAAUGGUAGAAUGUAAGAAGGCCCAGCCCAAGGAGGUGAUGUUCCCACCAGGUACACGAGGGCGAGCCAGGGGUCUGCCCUACACCAUGGAUGCCUUCAUGCUGGGGAUGGGCAUGCUGAGUUACCCUAACAUUGUGGCGACGUACGGCCGCGGAUACACUGGAUUCGCACCAAGCUACAGCUACCAGUUCCCUGGCUUCCCAGCGACAGCAUAUGGACCGGUGGCAGCAGCGGCGGUAGCAGCAGCGCGUGGCUCAGGUAGGGGGGCCCGUGGAAGAGGCGGCUACUUGGCGUACCCACAGAGCACAGGGCCAGGCCUCCCCGAUUAUGGGUUUUACUCUGCGCCCAGUGACCAGAGGGGGGGGCCCUGCUCCUUUGCUGACUAUGGCUCCCUGGGGCCCCAAGCGGCUCAGAUGCUGCACAGUGAGCAUGCCACCUCCGCCUGCAACUCCCCCCUCCAGCACCUACACAGCCCGGAUCAGUUUAAGAACCCAGGCGCUAACCCGUCAAGGCCCGGAGGUUUUCCUGGUGCUAACAGUCCAGGGCCCGUGGCUGACCUGUAUGGACCGAGCAGCCAGGAUUCAGCUGUGGGCAACUACAUCAGUGCUGCUAGCCCCCAGCCUGGCUCCGGGUUUGGCCCCAGCAUCACAGGCCCGUUGAUUGCAACAGCUUUUACAAAUGGAUACCAUUGAGCAGGUGGCCGGUUGCCAUCUCAUCAGAGCAGAGUAUAUCUGGUGGCCCAGGAAAGACAGGACGAAGUUUCUAAUUGGCUUUGUGUGCAGGUGAUGCUAAUCCAACUUCAAGCACUACAGUGUCACCCAUGUGAAAAGAAGGAAAAGUGGGAAACCACACGAAGAUGAAGAGGAAAAGAAAAGAGAAGAAAAGAAAAGAAAAGAAAAGAAAAGAAAAGAAAAGAAAAGAAAAGAAAAGAAAAGAAAAGAAAAGAAAAGAAAAGAAAAGAAAAGAAAAGAAAAUGUUAGUCAUCUCAGAAAAUUAACAACUGCUGUACUAUAAUCCAAACCUCCUAUAACGUUCACAACCUGGUUUGGUCUAUGAUGUUUCACGUCUGUCCCAUGCACCUGUUUCCUUCCUCCGUCAGCUUUUCUUUUCAUUCGUUUUCUUUUUAGAGAGUCGUUUUAGUUCCACCCUGAUUUGUGUCAUUUUUCAUUUGAUCUUCUAGUAUAUUUGUGUCAAUGGAAUAUUUUUGUUUGAAGUGUGGG